UUUGUAAACAAUGACUUCGAAGUGUUGCUUUUUCGUCCCAAUCCGAACUGCUGCCUUACUUUUUGGAGUUUUUAGCUUGUUAGUACGACUUCAAUUGACUUAUUUUUGGCUUCGUUUCUUCUUAACUGACGAUUACAAAAAUAAUGAAUACAAUUUAGUCGGUACGGUUAUCGAAAUUUUAGUUCUUGGAAUUGUGGCGAAUCUUGCUGACAUUUUUUUGAUCUACGGGAUUAUUAAAAAGCUCCAAAACUGGGUGAAAUUUUAUCAGUAUGCGAUAAUUUUCGUGUAUUUGUAUGAAAUUUUCUUGUUUUUCGUCUUGUUUGUGCUCGGAUUUCAUUGGUUGGAUAUUCUUGAGUAUCUUUUACUUGGAAUUUUCCAUUUAUGGGCAUGGUUUGUCAUAAGAAAGUUGAACUCCAAUUGGGAUGAGGAGAUGAAAGGAACUCAAAAUCAAGGAGAAUUGAACUCAUUGCCGCCGAAUCCAGUUUAAGAACUUUUGAAUUAAAGCUGAAAAUAAAUAAAAAAAAAAUAUUUUUAUACUUUUUUAUGUAAAAAAUUAUGAAAAAUACUCAUGUUAGAGUAAUAAAAAUUUUUAAAAUGCGAGAGAAUGAGUGACAUCAGCUGUGCACUCAUUCAGUUAAUAACUCAGCAAAACAUGCAACAGAUGUAAUUUUGAAGAUUUUUUGACAUCCAAAGUGAAUUUUAUACCAAAACAUUUAUUUGAUAAAAAUAAAAUAUUU